GUAGAAUGUUGUGAGUCUAUGAAGCACCUUAGCAGUUUCUUUCACUCUUCCUAGAAGGCCAGGUGUCACAGGAAAACUUCACUUUUUUGUUACAAGAAUUAAGUGGCAUCCAGAAACGGCAGCGGAUUACCGACCUUCUGCUGAGUGGAUGGCAGCACCAUUAAAAAUGUUUCUUCCUUCCUGGAAAUUCAGCAAAGAGUUAGCGUUCCCAGGCUGCUGGAUCUCUUCCAUGUUAAUGGAUAAUAUUUGAUAUGUGCCCUGUAAAUCCUGCCCUGGGACUCUGUGACCGGUGGGGUGCCUGAUGCCUGUAAUCCCCAUUCCCCGCCGGGUCCGUUCGUUCCACGGCCCCCACACGACCUGCCUGCAUUCGGCCUGUGGCCCGGUAAGGACCACUCACUUGGUGCGCACCAAGUACAACAAUUUCGACAUCUAUCUCAAAUCCCGAUGGAUGUAUGGAUUCAUCCGUUUCCUGCUGUACUUCAGCUGCAGCCUGUUUACCUCCAUCCUCUGGGUGGCACUCUCUAUCUUGUUUUGCCUUCAGUACCUUGGCAUCCGGAUCUUUCUGCGUUUCCAGUAUAAACUCUCCAUCAUCCUCCUCUUACUGGGGCGAAGGCGGGUAGACUUCAGCCUCAUGAAUGAACUGCUCAUCUAUGGAAUUCAUGUGACCAUGCUGCUAGUGGGGGGGCUGGGAUGGUGUUUCAUGGUAUUUGUGGAUAUGUAAAUAAAACAAGCGCAUGUGGGCCAAGAAGGUGACUUUUCUUCUACCCCAAAAUGUGUCAAUAUUUUCUUUUCUUUUUUAUAUAAAUUAAUUUAUUUAUCAGUGCUACUUUUUACUGAGAAAUUAACGUACUUGUCUCUGGAAUUUGUAUCUUUUUGAGGGUUGAGGUGCCAUUUUGAUUAUCAAAGUGCAGCACUCAAUGGGGUGUUUUUUCUUUGCACACUGCAAGUUAAUAUAAAUUUCUUCCAGUCCAUAGGAGCCUACCUUGCUGCUGUUCCUGUAUUCCUGAGAAAGGCAGUGAUUUAUCUGGAGGACAGAAGCCAGAUAACUUUGCACCCCACGCUCUUAAUCCAUCUUCACCCUUUUUCUAAAGGUGUUCCUUAACAUCUCGGGCAUGUAAUAUGUAUCCUCCUUGACCAGUGUUAUCCUUUAUGUAGUUUGCAUUUUGCCUAUUCCCUGCUAAGAAUACGGGGCCAAAUUCAAC